AUGGCUAUAGGAAUACAAUUCGGUCGCGAAUCUCGCUUCACUGAUCUUUACAAUGAACCUGUAGAUCAUCUUUUAUUACCAAUAAAAGGCUAUCAAGAUAAACCACUUGUUUCACUUCGUGAAGCUAUUGCACCUGUUUCUGGGUUGUUUAAUGAAAUUGAAGACUAUGUCUUUGUUGCAUUGCAUAAUUGUCAAAAUCCAGAUGAUGGGCUAACUCAACAAGAAUCAGCUUCUAUUCAUCUUUAUACAAUGCAAUUUAGUGGUGGACCAAGUUUACAUCUAUUACUGAAUCAAUCAUUACGUGCUGAAAAUCGUGAAGCAUUGAAACCGUGGUUUUCAUUUCUUAAAUUAUUUCUUACUGCUCUAUACAAACUUAAAUCACAAAGUGGAAUAGUAUGGCGGGGUAUUCGAGAUGUUGAUUUAAGUUCAAAAUACAAAAAGGGUACAAAAUUUGCUUGGUGGGGAGUAAAUUCUUGUACUGUUGAUAUCGAAGUACUUAAAUCAGAUCAAUUUUUGGGUAACCAUGGAAAACGUACUUUGUUUUCCAUUGAAUGUAGUAAUGGAAAAUCUAUUACAAAACAUUCAUACUUCAAAAAUACCGAGAAAGAAAUUAUUCUUAUACCAGGUUCAUAUUUCGAAGUCAUGGGUCAAUUGAAUCCCGCACCUGAUCUUCAUAUUAUUCAAUUAAAAGAAAUUACGCCACCAAUUAGUCUUGUUAAAUCACCAUUGUCUGGAUCGAAUGAAUUGGAAUUUUCUUCGAUCGUUCAUAAAUCAAGUACUUUUUCUCCAUCAACACCAACGAUGAUGAGACCAACGAAGGUUGCCAACAACGUUUCAAAUAAAAUGCCAUCAGUCACAUUAAUAUCAGAUAUUGUUGAUAAUAAUACUGCAUCAUUUUUUAAUGAAUCCUGUGCAUUAGUUGGCAUUUUGGAAGACAUUAGAACAUCUGAAGUAAUAGUUUUAUCUUUUUCGGAAGUUUAUACAACUAAACGAAAUUUAAUUACAUAUUUAAAAAAGUAA